CGUAUAGCGUAUAGCGUAUAGCGUAUAGCGUAUAGCGUAUAGCGUAUAGCGUAUAGCGUAUAGCGUAUAGCGUAUAGCGUAUAGCGUAUAGCGUAUAGCGAUACCAGGCAAGUUCGCCAACGAGUUAUAAAGAAACAGGAAAAAGAAAAAGAACAAGAAAAACGAAGAGAAAUAAAGAAAACUAUUCCAUGGGAAAAGCCUGUCUGCCUAAGGACUGUACUAUUCGAACUCACCGUCUCACCCGCUUUCUAGCACAUAAAUCCCAUUCACCAUUCAAUAUGUCGCACAAGACCCAAGAGCCAAUUAUCCACAAAAUUUCGGACUUGCCCGUCGAACAAGCAAAGUGGAUAGCUCUGAAGAAAAUCGACUACACUGACCAGGUCGGUAAACAGCGGACGUGGGAGGUAGCGACACGCAAGACGCGGGGCAAGGCGGGCGUAGACGCGGUUGCAAUGGGCAACAUACUCCUGCAUCCGUCGCGGCCGGCGUCCACCAUGCUCGUGAUCCAGUACCGGCCGCCGCUGGAUUCGUACACGGUAGAGUGGCCAGCCGGCUUGAUCGAUGCCGAGGAGACGGCCGAGCAGGCUGCCGUGCGCGAGUUUAAGGAGGAAACGGGAUACGAUUGCCGUGUACUGAGUAUCAGCCCGGUGCAGGCGGCCGAUCCAGGCAUGAGCGACGCCAACAUGCAAAUGGCUAUGGUAGAGGUGCAGCUGAGCGAAGGCGACGAAGAGCCUGAGCAACGUCUCGAAGACGGCGAACACAUCCAGCGCGUAGUCGUACCCCUUAACGAGUUAUACGACCGCUUGGUUGAGUAUUCUAAAGCCGAGCGUACUAUUGUUGCAGCGAAGCUGUUCCACUUCGCUGCUGGAAUGCACUUCGCGCAGACGCAGAAGUACUUCUAACCCUCGUAGCAUUAAAGCCUAUUGCCUAGAGUCUAGAGCCCCUAAAUACAUUUUAGAUGUUACAUUAUAACGAGAGAAUUACGAAUACGUC